AUGAAAUUAAUUGCCGUAGAAUAUGGCGAUUGGAUUCCUGCACCCCUGAGAAGAAAUCCCAAUCUGGGGUGGGAUUUCAAUGAAAAACUCCUUCAGAACAGUCCGCCCAAGAAAUACUGUUUAAUGAUCUGGCGCCAAGAAUAUUAUUGGCAGAGAGAUACCGAGCAGUACUUAUGCAGGGGUUUUUGGGCAACAGGCGCUUUCCGGGAUCCGGCCAUGAUCAAGAUCUUAGAUGACCGUGUCAGAAUCAUGGUGGGAGGGGAAUUCAGCCGCGUCGAGGAAGAAGAGAUUGUUUUGAAGGACCUCUUGGCUCGUUCUCCACCGCGUUAUGGGGCUUAUACUGUGCGAGAGGAGCUUUUCCUCUCGUUUAUAGAGGAAUUCAUACCCGUGGAUAGAGGAAUGGUGAACUUUCGUUCCCGCUGGCAAUUGUGCUAUGACGUUCCGGUUGACGAGGCCUGGGAGACUGUGGGCCAUCGUUCGCUAGCCGAGGGAAGGCAAGCACGCCGAGAACAAAGAAGAAGGGCUCGAUUAUACCACUGAGGGCGCACUAGUGUAAUGUAGUAAUAAUAGUAAUAGGACAGAUCGAUUUAAUUACU